UAACGUUAAUAAUUUGGACUAAGCUAGCAGAACAGGCUUACAAAAAUGCUAAACAAAUAAACAAGUUAGUCGUGCAAGAGGUUUGUGUUUCUUCCCUGCUGUGGUGUGUGAACGUGAAACCGCAGGCGCUGUCCAAGGUAGUAAAGGCAUAAAAUGCCACCUGAAAGGGGUUUGCACAGAAGCUGCGCAAUAAUCCACUGUUUUGUUCUUGUUGAGCUGGUGAUAAUGGCAGGGACUGUCAUGCUGGCUUAUUACUUCGAGUACACCGACACGUUCAACGUACACGUUCAAGGAUUUUUCUGCUAUGACAGCUCGUACACGAAGCCCUAUCCUGGACCCGAGGAAAUAAGUGCGAUCCCUCCAGCCCUCCUGUAUUCAGUGGUUGCGGGAGUCCCAACUCUGGUUAUCUUUAUUACAGAAUGCGUGGUGUUUUACCUUCAGAUUGCCAGAAAAGAUUUUGAAAACCGUGAGAAGACGAUAGUAACUGGAGAUUGCUGUUACCUGAACCCACUGGUGCGCAGGACCGUCAGGUUUCUUGGAGUAUAUACAUUUGGACUUUUUGCCACUGAUAUUUUUGUAAACGCUGGGCAAGUGGUGACAGGGAACCUUGCACCUCAUUUCCUUACAGUGUGCAAACCUAAUUAUACAAGCCUAGGCUGCCAGCAGGCCAUUCGGUUUAUCAGCAACCAGGAGGUCUGUACUGGCAAUGUGGAUGACAUCAUUAGAGCCAGAAAAACCUUCCCCUCCAAAGAGGCAGCCCUCAGCGUGUAUGCUGCACUCUACCUGGCUAUGUACAUCACUAAUACAAUGAAAGCCAAAGGAUCAAGACUUGCAAAGCCUGUGCUGUGUCUGGGUCUGAUGUGUAUGGCGUUUCUCACUGGAGUGAACAGGGUUGCUGAAUACCGGAACCACUGGUCUGAUGUGAUUGCAGGAUUUAUAAUCGCCAUGGCAAUAGCAACCUUCCUGGUGGUAUGUGUGGUGCACAACUUCAAGCGAAGGCAUUCAGAAAGUCAAAAAACUCAGCCAGACAGCCUGCGGAAUAUACCUAUGAUCAACCUUCCAAGAGUAGAAAGCCCAAUGGAGAAAUAUCCCCCAGCAGUACAGAAUCACAUCACCUUUGCCGAAGUCACAUGACGUUGAAGCAGAAGUCUGUUCUACACAUUGGACAUCCUCCCUAUUCACGGUUCAGUCAUCAUAAUCGGAAUGAAAUACUUAACCUGAGGUUAAGUAUACCUGAGGUUAUCUAACCUGAGGUUAUCUAAUUGUUUAAUCAUGGUAUCUUCAGACACAUCAGCAAACAAUCUCUCAAAUACAGACCGAAAGCUGAAAAGCGCUCAAAGAGACUAUCUGCUUUUAACCAGUUGUCUACAAAUCAUUGACUUUUUAUUUUAGUUUAUUCAAACUUCUCCUCAUCAUUGCUAUAAAACAUGCCACUUCAGAAUUAAUUCAGCAUAUAGAUUUCAUCUAAAUGUAUUGCCCAGCCCCAAAACAGGAAAUGUAUAACACUGCUGUGCUUUUAGUUACAUGCAUUUAUUUAUUUAUUUUACAAUGUACCCAACAUAUGGACAUACAUAUCAAAAUAUACAGUGUACAGAUCUUUCUUUAAAGGGAUUAUUAUAAAAAUAAAAACACAUUUCACAUUUCUCCAAAAAGGACAUUUAAGAAAUUAUUCUUAAUGAUUCUUAAUAAUGCAGUGCUAGACUGUUAUAGCUAUAGCAUGUGUCUACCUGUUGCUGAUUUAGCUUUAUUUGAAUGUUUUUAGUUGUCCAUUGUUCUUUUGAAGUUGAUCAUGUUUCAUGUCAUCAAGUGACAUACCCCAAUCAGGCACAUAAACCUGCUAAAAAGCUUAACUUGCAACUUGAUACUAGAAAUACAAUACUAGAAAUGGUGAAACCUGAAACAAUAUAUUGCAUAAGGUUUAUAUGGAUGCAGCAGAUGCAGUACAUUUUGUAAAUACUGCAUCUUGUUUAUUAGCAUAUGAUAUUUUGAAAAUGGGUCCUUUGUUGUUUAGCGUCUUAACAAUAUUAUGCAACACAAAACCAAAUUUUCUUGCUAUUAUAACAUUAAUCUGCAAAGCAAUAACACAAUUUCAUUUGCUUCUGUCCCAGCUAUGUAAACAAAUGCAGGAUUUAGCUGUUUAUAGGAUAUCAGAAUUCCUUGAGGGGUUAUUUGACCAGGAAUAUUAUCUCUUUAAUUAAACAUAUCUCACUAGGUGGGGAAUAGAAUGAGGACUAUUACUGUAUAUAAUGCAGAAAUGUACCUUUUCACUUUCUUUAAUCCUAUCCAUUUAUUUGAAUACUUAAUUGUGGUAGUAGUCGUGAGUAUAAAUCAUUGAUUAUGUGGCAGCUUGUAAUUAUGUUCUGUGAACACAGUUUUGCCUUCUCUAGAGGAAUGUGUUGUAUUAAGACAGCUAAAGGGAUAAUGGAAAGUUGAACAUCUUGUAUUUGAAUCUUUAAUGAUUUUUGUUAGUAGCUCAAAGCAUCCUUAAAACUGUUAAGUAACUUUGAAUAGCUUAGUUUUGUAGCAUCUUCUGAAUAUUGUUUUCUUACAUUAUUUAAAACUUCACUGUAUAUCUACUGGACUUCAAGAUUUUUUUCCCUAUGCUAUAUGUAUUGUACAUGGUUUGGUCCCCAAUUGUUGUUCAUUCAAUAUGAUCCCUUCCUCUAAAAUUAUUCUCAAUCUUACUGUUAAUUUAGGAAAUAAGUUUUUUACACUGUAUAUAACAAAUAGAUAUUCCAUAGUUUCAAGACCUUUUUUUUUAAAUAAAAAAGAAAAUGUAAAUAAAACAGAACUUGUCCAUUGUUUGUAGACUAAAUUCACCUGUAGAAAUUAAUUAUAAAAACUGAUCAAUUUCCAGUUUAUUGUUUAAAGUGCAUAGGCCAAACAGUAGCAGCUUACAUAAGCUGCACAUUUAAGUCAAUUUGUCUAG